AUGGUACCGGUAGAUGCACUGGUGUACAAGCUCCUCACCUUGGGGGCUCCAAAAGCCGCUCGCUGCAGGAAUGACUUCGUUGCUCUGGUGCUGCUGACGAUCUGGACUACUGGCCUCUACGACCUCUCGGAGGCUGGUGGGACAGAUGCAUCCUUGGAGUGGAUCGAGUUCUAUGCUGGCUCAGCUCGGUGCACUUCAAAGGUGCGCUUGAAAGGUUACACGGGUUGCGAGAGUCGGCUGGUGGAUGGGUCUGUAUGGCGGAAGCGCCGACAGGAUGGAACCGUUACCUUUACAGGCACAAAGGAACUGAAGUCAACAGAGAUCUACCCAACGCCCUUUGCUGAAGCGGUGGCAGACAUCUUCGAGGAUUUGAGGUCGUCGGCUAUGGGUUGCCCCGCAGUACCGGACAUGCCUAGUGGAUCGGGUCUUGAAGCCUUUAAAGCAGCGCAAACGCCAGCAGAUGUGCAGCGGCUCUUCCGGCAGGCGGACCUUAGGUCUGCCUACGAUUAUAUGAGAGGAGGAACCCAUCUAGAGAUCCCUCCUGAGUGGAAAGCCCUGUUCCCUGCUAGACACAGAAAGAGGUCUUGA